AGUGAUUUCUCGUCACAGCUUUUUUGUGUUGGCAGCGAACACAAGCGCAUUGGAGGAGUGAAGCGGACGCUAAUGUGCUACUUUCAUACUGACAUUAAAUAGAAAAUAUCUACUAAAAAUUCAAGCUGAUCAAGUAAACAGACAAUGUCUGAAGAUGUUAAGAUGUCAGUGGAAGUGACAGUAUCAAAUGAAUCAUGUAGCAGUGAUCCAGCACCAGAUCCGACAGAGAAUUCCAUAAUGGAAGAUAAAAUGGAUAUAGAAGAGGAGAGUUUCAAGUCGUUCGAUGAAACGCUUUCAAUCAGUGCAGUGGAGGAAGAAACUCCUAAAAAAAUUGAAGAGGAACAACCACAACCUGAGUCGGAACCUAAAGUUGAAGUUGAAGCUGAACCUGAACCUGAAAAACCAGCAGAAAUUGAAAUAUUUCUUGACAAACCUGAGGAGCUACCUCCACAGAAUAUCAAUGAUAUUUCAGACAGCUUAAUAGAGACUAUUGAAAAUAUCACUGCUGAAAUACAAAAUUCUAAACCUGACCCACCAAAAGCAGCUGAACUGCCUGUCUCUCAUGAUACAACAGAAGUUGAGGAUCCUUUAAGUGCUCUGUCAGAUGAAAAAUGCAGUGAAGUUAUUAAGGAAUCUGCAAAGCAAAUGGAUUUGCAGGAUGUUUUGGUCUGUGGAAAGUGCCACAGAGUGUACAAUUUUUUGGAGGCCUUUCAGCAGCACAAAUCAAACGAUAAUUGCACUGAGAAUGAUGAAUUGAAGGAAACUUUAAAUGAGGAGAAGAAACCUCAGAUCUGGGCAUUCACUCUGUGGAAAAACACAAAGUUUAAGGAUGGCAGUGAGGAGGAAACAAAGAUGAAUACCUCUUGGAGUAUUUAUCAGCUCUGGUGCAAUUUGGAAGCUAAGGAGAAGGAGUCUUGGAUCAAGGCUGGUGAGAAUAUCCAGGCUUUGUAUGAGAUUGCUGCCAAGUUUGAGCAGCUCAAGACUGAGACAAUUAAAGAGGUUAACGUUGAUGAAAAACUGGAAUCAGAACAGAGUGCUGACAGUAAUGAGCCAUCAGAAGAGAGGGAUCCCUUAGGUGAUGACUCUGAAAGUGAAAUAACGCGUAUAGUAAAGGGGAAAAAUAAGGUUUUGAAGCCGGUGCAAUUGAAUAGUAAAGUUAUCAUAAAUAAAGAGAGAAACUUGUUUCAGAAGCCAAAGAAUUACAGAAAAGCAAUUAAAGUGUCCGGCGACCCAAAAACGGAAUAUCCUGUGGAGAAAAUCGUCUCUAAGAGAUACAAUCCUAGAAAGAGAACCUUCGAGUACCUUAUUAAAUGGGAAAACUUUGAUGCUGAAAAGAAUUCUUGGGAACCGGUCGGAAAUUUUGUGAAUUGUAAAUUGAUGGUUGAGGAGUUUGAGAAGAAUUGGGCAAUCCAGAAAGCUCAGCAAAGGCUUCAGAAGAGUAUAGAGAAGAAGCAGAUGAAGAAGCAAGAGCUACUCGAGGCAAUUGGAAGCGUUGGGCGUCCACAGAGGACAAGCAAACAAAAGGCGCUGAGUCAAGUGAAGCAAUGGUGCGGAAAUAUUGAGGCUGACGAAAACUUGGGCGGAAAACGUGUGUAUAGUGAUGACUCUGAAGAUGAAUCAUUCGAGAAAAGAUUGAAAUACGAGGAGUACAGUUCGGAUUCCGAGAAUGACACUCCUGUGGUUACAAUCAAAAGGGUACAGAAGACGCAGAACGGUGUCGAUAAAAUUAAAAAAGUUGAACCAAUUACUUUACCUGAUAAUAUUCUGAUACCUGAUUCCAAAGGUAUUGUUCGCAUCAAUCAAAAACAAAUUCCUUCACUGAGUUCGGGUGUUUACGUUAUGUCGAAGACUGCUGGUAUAAUCAAGUUGGACACGAAAACUUCUCAGCUGGCCACAAGCGGUGGACAAACUGUUUUGAAGGUUGCACCGAAGAUUGGUCAGACCAGUAUAAAAGUUAUUAAAAAGGAUUCUAUCAAUGGCUCGUCUAUAACGCGCACAGCGAAUAUCUUGAAGAAGCCUCCAUUAAGGAAUUACAGUGGCAAAGUGUACAUGCAGAAGAAACAAAAUACCCAGAUGGCGGCCAAGAAAGCGGCGGCUGCAGCUGCUGCUGCUUCCGUUGUUUGUAACACGGAUUCUAAUCAACAUUCAUCUAAAGAUUCUAAAGACGACGAAGAAUCUGAUGGUGUGGAGGAAAUGGAUUUCCCUACGGAAAUUCAAUUACCCGCACCAGACAGUCCACCUCCAGAAUUCACUCUGUGUCCAUUGACUGGUAAAGUUUUGAAUAAGGAUGGUCAACCCAUUGAACCUGAUCCAGAACCUACAGAACCAAUGCGUACAGAGAAUAUAGACAACUUGGUAACAUUGGCAGCUGCAGAUAUAUUGAAGGAUAUGCCAGAAAUGAAGGAAAAAAUAAUUAAGCAGGAGACGAUGGAUAUUAUCAAGACAGCAAUGGAAAACUCCUCUGCUCAUAGCAUUAUUAAUAGCGAACCUCAGAUUAUCAUUAAACAGGAUAUGGUGGAACCGAAAAUUGUACAUACCAUUGCGGAACAUAAAUCGAAAGAUUCAAUUUUAAGUACAGCUUUGACAAACGCCAACAUUGGCGUGCGCCGUACUACAGGCAUAGUGCAAAAGACCAUAGUCCAUCAGCAAAAUAAAGGUAUACUGAAUCGUACUAUAGUAGGAUCAAGGCAGGCUCCUCAGGCUAUAAUCACAAGGAUAUCCGCUGGAAACAACUCGCUUCAGAGGAGUAAAGUUAUAGCGCCGCGUCAAAGGGAACAGCCGCAGAUCAUCCGUAAGCGUGUUCUGAAUACCACAAGAAGUCUUGUAAAAAGGGUGCCAGAGAAAGUGUAUUCAACAACGACAGUGUCGCAUGCACAAAUUAUCCAUCAGCAACCGCCGCCGCAGCAGCAGCAACAGCUUCAAACCCAAGUCACCACCUUCGUAGCUACUCCGACCAGUGGAAAUACAGUAAUUAGUAUGCCUUCGUUGUUAGAUACCGAUUCUGUCCCGAUGGUUAUAACGGAGAAAGCGUCUGCGCCGGAACCGGAAGUCGUGCAGCCACCGCCAGUAAUUCAAGAAGUGAAACCUGAAGAAAUUGAGUCUCCGGUCACCACCGUCAAUGACCAAACCACCAUGAACACGAUCUCGAUUAGCGAGUCGGAAGCUCCAUUGUUAAUCACCGGAGAAGAUGGCACUAUCUAUCAGGUGGCCGGUCAGAACGAGGAAGGCCAGACGAUAUUGAUCACGCAGGGCGAGGAUGGUGAGCAGCAAUGCUUGCUUGUGGCUCCAGAAAACGCUGGGUUGAUCAAUCAGGCUUUGAUGAAGGCGGAUCAGCAGACUGUGCAGGAAGCGGAACCGGAAACGGUGACCAUUGCGGAAGCUCCAACCGUCGAGGAACCCCUGACUAUUAAUACGGAAACGGAAGACGCAGCCGCAGACGAUUCACAAGUGGUCGCGCAAAUCGUUAGCGCGAAUCCACCUAGUCCUGGCGGCACGAGGAAAGUGGUAUUGAUGUUGCCCGAUGGGAAUUUCAUGAUGACAGAGGUGACGGCCGAACAGUACGCCGCACUUGAACUGGACAAAUAGAUAGACAACAUCCUAGACGUAUUAUUACCUUUCAUUUCAGAUAUACUUUAUAUAUACACACACGCAUAUGAUGAUGAUUUCCUUUUUUUUUUCUUUCUGUUUUCAUAACUUUUGUAUAAUUUAUCCCCCCACCCAACGUGCACCAGUUCGUUAUUGCAAUUGAAACAAAGCGAUUUGUUUCUAAUUAAUAAAGACAGCAACGUUUACUUCUCCGAUUAAGUUUAAUGUAAUAUAGAUGAAGCAAUACCAUCUUUUCACGCCAGAAAAAUGAAGUAAAAAAAACGGCAUUUAUAUAUAUAUUCAACAUAAAUAUACAUAUAAAAAAAUAUAU